GACCUUCAAUUGCCUAAACCUUUAAAUAAGCUACAGUCCUUUUAAAUAAGCUACACACACUGAUUUAACUGAUAACAGACAUGGAUGACGAUUGCCAAAUUGAGGAAACAACAGUUGUAGUUGAAUUGAAUGGGUUAACAGAUACAGAAUUUUUGAAAAAAGAUAACGUACAAUGUAAAGUGCUUGGUAUAAAUACAGAAAAACCAUUACUGCAACUUGGUACAAAUAUAUUUAGUGGAGAAUAUAAAGAUAGUGUGGGUACAUAUUUAUUGUUGAAUAAAAAAUCAGAACAAGAUGCUGGUGUAAGUGAUGUUGAAUAUCAUAGUAAAACAACAAAAACUCUAGUCAUGCAUCGAACAUUUCUAAAUGAAAAGACAGGUGAUAUUGCACCACAUUUUUGGUUAAUGAGUUUUACAUUGUUGUGGAUCCCAAACACAGGACUAGAAAGUUGGGGUCAACAGCUAAACCGACAAUAG